UCUUUCUUUUUUAACCAGCCGUCUGUCACUUUUUUUUCCUCUCCGUUACCGUGGAUCAUUUUUGUGUGGACAUUACCGCGGAAUGGGAACAGCUGGAUUUAAUCUUUUGCACAACUACACUGCAUGAAUGUGUCGCGUAAUGCAACCGAGAAGAGCUGCCUUCGUUGGGAGAGGGGAAGAUAUUUAUGUUUCGGGACUGUUUUUGUUAUAGAGUAGCUAGUUGCUAGCGCUGGCUGGCUAGCGACUGUUCAAGGCUACUUGGAUAAUAUUGGUGUUGUGUGUUUUGUUAGUUUUUUUUGCAAGGAUGCUACGGUGGAUACGACAGCAGCUGGGCUUUGAUCCCCCCCAUCAGAGUGAGACCAGGACGAUUUACGUAGCGAACCGUUUCCCCCAGCAUGGCCUCUAUACACCACAACGCUUUGCUGACAACAGAAUCAUCUCAUCCAAGUACACAAUUUGGAAUUUUGUCCCCAAGAAUCUGUUUGAGCAGUUCAGGAGAAUAGCCAACUUCUAUUUUCUCAUUAUCUUCCUUGUACAGUUAAUGAUAGACACCCCGACCUCCCCAGUCACCAGCGGUCUGCCUCUCUUCUUUGUGAUCACAGUUACUGCCAUAAAACAGGGCUACGAGGACUGGCUGAGACACAAGGCUGACAAUGAAGUGAACGGGGCUCCAGUCUUUGUGGUUCGCAGUGGAAGUCUGGUCCAGACAAGAUCCAAGAAUAUCAGGGUGGGGGACAUUGUUCGUGUGGCUAAAGAUGAGACGUUCCCAGUUGACCUGGUGUUGCUGUCCUCGGACCGUGCAGAUGGCACAUGUCACAUCACCACGGCCAGCCUCGAUGGGGAGACCAAUCUUAAGACCCACUUCUCUGUGGCAGAGACAUCAGUGUGUCAGUCUGUUUCCAAACUGGAGGCCCUGCAGGCUGUGGUGGAAUGUCAACAACCAGAGGCUGACCUGUACAGGUUUGUUGGUCGGAUGACAGUGACUCAACAAGGAGAAGAGAUAGUCAGACCGCUGGGUCCAGAAAACCUGCUGCUGCGAGGAGCAAGGUUGAAAAAUACCAAAGAGAUUUUUGCUCUGGCGGUUUACACCGGGAUGGAGUCCAAGAUGGCCCUCAACUAUAAGUGCAAGUCCCAGAAACGCUCUGCAGUAGAGAAGUCCAUGAAUACCUUCCUAAUCAUCUACCUGGUCAUCUUGCUGUUCGAGGCCGUACUCAGCACCAUCCUGAAGUACGCAUGGCAGGCUGAGGAGAAAUGGGACGAGCCUUUCUACAACCAAAUGACUGAACAAGAGAAAAACAGCAGUCCGAUCUUGAAGUUCAUCUCAGAUUUCCUGGCAUUUCUGGUCCUCUAUAACUUCAUCAUCCCCAUCUCGCUCUACGUUACCGUGGAAAUGCAGAAGUUCAUGGGCUCCUUUUUCAUUGGCUGGGAUUUGGACCUUUACCACGAAGAGAGUGACCAGAAAGCUCAGGUCAACACUUCUGACCUCAAUGAGGAGCUGGGACAGGUGGAGUACGUGUUUACUGAUAAGACGGGUACGCUAACGGAAAACGAGAUGCAGUUCCGCGAGUGUUCAAUUAACGGAACCAAGUACCGUGAAGUUAACGGCAAACUGGUACCAGAGGGAGUGACCGACGAUUCACCAGAUGGUUCUUCACCUCCCCUGACUGGUGAAGAAUUGUUAUUUCUCAAGGCGGUAUCGUUGUGUCACACGGUUCAGAUCAGCUUUGAUCAGCCAGACUGCCUGGCUGGGGGAGGAGAUCCAUUCUCCCAUGCAAACGGUUUCUCUUCCAACCACAUGGAGUACUACGCCGCUUCACCAGACGAGAAAGCUUUGGUAGAGGCGGCUAAGAGAAUUGGAGUGGCCUUCACACUCUGCAGCGGAGAAACCAUGGAAAUCAAAACAUUUGGCAAAUCAGAGAAGUACAAACUGCUCCAUGUAUUAGAGUUUGAUGCCGACCGCAGGAGAAUGAGCGUCAUACUUGAGACUCCUUCAGGGGGCCAAGUGCUGUUCACCAAGGGAGCAGAGUCAGCCAUCUUGCCUUUCACUACCAGUGGUGAGAUAGAAAAGACGAGACUUCACGUUGACGAGUUUGCCUUGAAAGGUUUGCGGACCCUGGUGGUAGCAUGUCGCCACUUCAGCCCAGAGGAGUACAUUGAUGUGGACAGGCGUCUGAACAGUGCGCGCACCGCGCUGCAGCAGAGAGAGGAGAGACUGCAGGAGGCCUUCACCUACAUAGAGAAAGAUAUGCAUCUCCUGGGAGCAACAGGGGUGGAGGACAAACUCCAAGACAAAGUCCAGGAGACCAUUGAGGCUCUACGGCUGGCAGGAAUUAAAGUAUGGGUGCUGACGGGGGACAAACAUGAGACCGCGGUCAGUGUCAGCCUGUCCUGUGGUCACUUCCACAGAACCAUGAACAUCCUGGAGCUCCUGCAGCAGCGCUCUGACAACGAGUGUGCCGAGCAGCUCCGCAGACUGGCUAGGAGGAUAAAGGAGGACCAUGUCAUUCAGCAUGGGUUGGUUGUGGAUGGAGCCAGUUUGUCUUUAGCGCUGAGGGAACACGAGAAGCUCUUUAUGGAAGUGUGUAAAAACUGUUCAGCCGUGCUGUGCUGCCGCAUGGCCCCACUGCAGAAAGCUAAGGUGGUGCGUCUUUUAAAAACAUCUCCAGAGAAACCCAUCACCUUAGCUAUUGGGGACGGAGCCAAUGAUGUCAGUAUGAUACAAGAAGCCCACGUGGGGAUAGGUAUCAUGGGGAAGGAGGGUCGUCAGGCCGUGAGGAACAGUGACUAUGCAAUUGCCAGAUUUAAGUUCCUGGCUAAACUACUGCUCGUCCACGGUCACUUCUACUACAUUCGAAUAUCUACGCUUGUACAGUACUUUUUCUACAAGAAUGUGUGUUUUAUCACGCCCCAGUUUUUAUACCAGUUCUUCUGUCUGUUUUCACAACAAACUCUGUAUGACAGUGUUUAUCUGACACUGUACAACAUCUGCUUCACCUCGCUGCCCAUCCUGGUGUACAGUUUGUUUGAACAGCUGGUCCAUCCACACGUCCUGCAGAAUAAACCAGGCCUGUACAGAGACAUCAGCAAGAACUCUCUGCUGAAUUUCUGGACGUUCCUGUACUGGACUCUGUUGGGCUUCUGUCACGCCUUAAUCUUCUUCUUCGGAUCCUACAUACUGAUGGGAGAAGACACCACACUUAUGGGCAACGGGCAGAUGUUUGGAAACUGGACCUUUGGAACGCUUGUCUUUACUGUCAUGGUCAUCACCGUCACAUUAAAGCUUGCAUUAGAGACUCAUUUCUGGACGUGGAUGAACCAUUUUGUGACAUGGGGUUCGAUUGCCUUCUACUUCAUCUUCUCUCUCUUCUAUGGAGGCAUCAUCUGGCCGUUCCUCCACACCCAGGACAUGUACUUCGUCUUCGUGCAGCUGCUGUCUAGCGGCUCAGCCUGGUUCGCCAUCAUCAUUAUCGUCAUAACUUGCCUGUUUCCUGACAUAGUGAAGAAGGUCUUCUACCGACAUCUGCAGCCCACCAGCACACAGAAGAGUCAGUCUCUACCAGCCGCCCAGGCGCAGACCCUCAGCUGUAUGGAGUCCCUGUGCUGCUACCAACAUGGGCAAAGCGGCUGUUCCCGCCUGGCCCACCUCCUGGAGCAAAUGACCAGGCAGUGCCAGGCCAGCGCCGACCAUUGUCACGCAUCCAGCAACAGGUGGGGAGGACAACAACGGCAAGAUAUGAUUUUGAAACCCGAUGAACCCUCUCCACCUCUUGGUUGCAAAAAUUUGGGCUGCACGCCUGAAGGUUUCAGCUCAUAAUAUGGCUUCUGCUCUACUGUAAGUUUUUCUUGUUCAGAUCUAUACCAGGUUGAAUACAGUUGUGCGGGGGAAGUUGGGGUCUCAAAACGGUCAUGGGGUGCGGUUUAACGAGCCUUUGGGGACGACGGCCAAUGGAGGAGUUAUAGAGGCAGAAGAUGUGUUGAUCAAGCCAUCAUGGACCGCACUGUUAUGAGUUUUAUUAUUUUCAUCAGAGUCCAUGUGGAGAGAGUAAGGAGUCUGGACAUCCAAAGUGUGCUUCACCUCAUAUCUACACUAGUGUACUAUCAGAAAUAUAUCAGUACACCUUGUAACCAAAAGUAUAGAGACCAAUGACUGAGUAGAUUGUGAUGGCCAUGCCGUCUACAUCACAUAGCAUGCUGAUGUGGAUGUUUGACAGCCCAGCCAGGGAGAAUAUGAAUCCCAGUAUUUUUUUAUUUAGACCCUUAGAAUGAAGACCUGCUGUGAUCUACAGGCACCCAACAGGUCUCAAUACUACACAAUAUAACCUGUAUAGCCCAUACAUUAAGGGCAGGUCUGUAACACCUCUUGUGUUUACGUCUUAAUCAUCUAUGCUAUGAUCUGUUCUUCUGUCUGUCUCCUCUGGUUCUGUUUCUGUUCAGUACUCCCCUUCAAAUCAGAGAGAUUAUUGACCAAAUGGGGGUUAGCCUGAUUAGCCAGUUUUCUAGGGAAACUCUUAAAUCCGUAUUGCACUUUAACAUAUGACUCCCAUGUGUCUUGUUAUGCUGACUGGUUAGCUUUGGGUUGAUUCCUCUAUUGUAAAGGAGCUCUUCAUGUUCAUCGUAGGGCUUCUACACUCCACUAGAGACGAGGCUAGGUAAUGGUUAGCUGGUCAGAUUGUAAAUGAUCCAUCUGCUUGUGAAGAGCUGUGAGAAGGCUUCACUAGUGUGAGGUUGUGGCAAAUUAGCUUUCAAGCUGCAGCGAGCAUAUUGUCGCCACCCCUAAAUGGCAGCGGGGAGGUAACUGACAUUUAAGGAUUUCAGUGCCCAGAAGUAAUAAAACAUGAUGUCAGAGUUUACUGCACAAAAGUGAACUCUCAGUUAGUGCAGACAGGUCUUUCUUCCUCUGCUGCAGCUCCACUUAAAAGAUGAAACAGAAGCAACCGGAUGCAUUCAUGAAAUAUUGUGCAGAGUGCAGCUUUAAGGACGGGAAAGCUGAGUUCACAGUUUGCUGGUCUGCCCAGUCUGCGCUUUCAAUGUUGUUGUGUCUCUUUUUUUUCUUUUCUUUUUUUUUAAACCUGAAUGCCAGUGACUCAGUAGGAUCAUUGAUUAAUUGACCUGAUCAGCUCUUUCUGCUGAGCAAUCAAUAUUCCCCAAAACAGCUUGGGACCCUCGGUAUUGAUUAGAUUAAUAAUGAAGAUGUAGCAUUCUUGUUCUUUGUAUUCAUUGUGAGUCUUUUUGCAGUGAACCUUGCACAGAGUCAUGUGGCGUGGGCUCGCAUGUUUGUUCAUUUAUGACUGUGUGUGUGUGUGUAUGUAUGUGUGUGUGUAAAAGUAAUAACGGCAUGCAGGUCAGAUAAGGGAAGCACUGUUCCUAACACCCCUCACACACACACACACCCUCCCUUCCCCUCCAGCCCCUCUGGAUAGCAACCUGCAGACUCUCUGUGGUCGACUAGAGGACUGUGUCGUCGCCGUCAGUCAGGCUUUGGGGAAACAGCGGUCUUAUGAGUAAUAUCAUAGCCGAGAUGUAAAAUUAUGACCAUCUGUAAUGACGUCUUGGUGACUAAUCUUGGCCUGUGUGCAAUUAAUUAACAUCGCAGGCAUCCUCUGAUCAUUUUAAACUUUUUCUUUCAGCCCAUAGGGAGAAUAAAACGAGUCAUUCAUCUUAAUAUUCACUUUCUUAAUUAUCCCUCUGACAAUAUCGUGUGGGAUAUGCAGGACGAAAUAAUCCAUUUCAAUUGUUUGUCAGGGUGAAAGAAAGGAAACGUUUCCCCCAUUGCUAGUUGGCCAAAUUACCACUAAUUGCAUGAUUCAAUUUAGAUGAAUUUCUUCCUGUGGGAAUGAUUGAUUUGUUUUCUGACCUUAGCACAAAGCAAACAAUUGGAUUCUUCCUAUUAAAGAAACGACAGCCAAUUUGUACUCCCAGAAGGAUAAUGCUAAACAAUGAUGAAUACAGGUAAAAUGCUCUGAUUAGGCGUGCUCUAUACUGUAAAAUACACAAAAAAAACAUAUACAGUAAGGUUAACUUUAUUGAUCCCCAAUUUAUAGACUUAGGGAUGAAUCUGCAAGUCUAGUUUUUUAUCCAUCCUCUCCUUUUCUACCCCUGUCCUCUUCAUCUUCUCAACCCUCUUCUUCACCUUCUCUGUAGGCAGAAAACUACACAGAAUGAAUGAAAGACUAGUGAGACUCAGUCCACAUUUGGCCUUAAUGCUAGGAUACUGCCAUACAGAAGGUUCUACAUUACAUAUUAAUGAUAAUAUGAGUGGAAGAGACACAUACAGCAAGCAUAUUUAAAACGUCUAUAACAGGUCAAGUAUUUAAUCUGUCAUUUAUUUGAAGCUCGACUGUAGCUGGCUGCUCGACUUGGGCGCCUGUCGUUGCGGUGCUGAACGCUGGCCCACAGCUGAGUCAUGGCUGGGAGGGUGAUGGGGAUGGCACUGGCAACAAAGCGAGAACUGACACGGAUGUCAGGAGUCCAGAUGUUUUCCAAAAUAAACUAAACAGAUAUGCCCGUCGUGUGUAGUUGUCACACCUCAGUAGCUGCGUCUCCAUUCAAAAUGUCAAGCAAUUUGUUCCCCUUGACCUUUGAAAUGUUAAAUAAGAGAAUGCAGAUGAGGAGAGACAUAAGGCGUUUUGGAUGGAUCGUAUAUCCACGGCAAAAAUGUAGGUGCACAUAAUCAAAGCCACUCCUGAUUGUAACGUCAUGAUCUCAUCACACUGUGCGCAUCACAAUACGUCUUUUUCUUUUUUUUGCUACUUCCUGUAUCUAUUAAUCUUUUUCUAUUGGAUCCUGAAGCCUUAUAUGUGCUUUUAAGAAGAGGCCAAC